AUGAACCGGAAACUGCAAGACCCAGACCCGAUGAAAGCAGUCGAUGACACCGCAAUAGAUAUAGUGACAGGUCUUAUAUCUGCAACGUUAACACUAGCUUUAUUUGAAGAAGCCAGAGUUCACUGGCAGGGCAUGAAGAAAAUAGUUGACUACCGUGGUGGGAUUCUAAACAUGGCUGCGCAAGGCUCCCGUGGCAUAGGGGCCGUUUUAACGGAGAGAAUCGAACCUCCGCCAAACUCCCAACUACGUCACCUUAACAAAACAUUAUGCGCUAAUAAACACCUCAGCCCCAAGUUAAUCUCCCUCAUGCAAGAAAUCCGCCAUGUUUUUUUCUUUGAAAUCUUCAACCGUACAGAUGCCUCGGGACUUUCAGACAUAGAAUAUGAAAUGUUCCUCAUGAAGGCCCACGAGAUGGAAUACGAACUUUUAGACUACCCUUACCGCGCACCGGAGGCCCAAGGUGUCGCGGACAAGGAUAUAUUAAAGGACAACCCAAUAGAAUCCGUUGCUCGGCUUACUGCCUUAUCCUACUUCAACUCCUGCUUCGUUGUCUCCCCGCCUGAGUUUGGAACCGGAAGGGCAAUGACAAAACACCUGAAAGACGCCCUUGCUAAAUGUGUUGUGAAGCCACUAUCCGAACACUCGAAUGAAGAUCGCUCCUUGCUAGCCUGGGCGGCUUUCAUCAGCAUUUCUGGCGCGUGGGACCGGACGCUACGGAAAUGGCUGGUGGAAUUACUGCACGAUAUCAUUGUUUUACAGCACUGGCGGAGUUGGGAAGAAGUUGAGUCUGUGAUGCACGGAUAUCUUUAUGCUGGUCAGCUACAUGGCCAUAUUUGGAGGAAAAUAUGGCUCGAGGCUCAGUCUUUCAGCUCCAUCUGCGAGAUCGUUGGAUAA